GGGCUUUCGCUUUCAGUCACCGGCUCGAAAGCAGCAGAGGACACCGAGCUCCGGGCGCAAGGGCGGGAGCCACCGCCGUCCCUAUGGCGCCCACCGCCCUCUGGGUCGCGCUGGUCGUGGAACUGCAGCUGUGGGCCGCCGGGCACACCGUGCCCGCCCAGACUGCCCAGACGCCCUACACGCCAGAACCCCAGAAGGAGUGCCGGAGCCCAAAGGAAUACUAUGACAGGGUCAUUCACAUGUGCUGUGCGGAGUGUCCACUUGGCCAGCGUGUGAAGGACUUCUGCAACAGGACCUCAGACACUGUGUGUGCCGACUGCGAGGAGGGCAUGUACACCGAGCUCUGGAACCAUCUCUCCACGUGCCUGAGAUGCAGUUCUUUCUGUCACCCUGACCAGGUGGAGGUUCAUACCUGCACUAAACAGCAGAACCGAGUGUGUGCCUGCAAAGCUGACCAGUACUGCGCCUUGAAAACAAAUUCUGGCAGCUGUCGGCAGUGCAUGAAGCUGAGCAAGUGUGGUCCCGGCUUCGGAGCGGCCAGUGCAAGAUCCAAAAAUGGAAAUGUGGUAUGCAGGGCCUGUGCCCCAGGGACCUUCUCAGACACCACAUCCUCCACAGAUGUGUGCAAGCCUCACCGCACCUGUAGCAUCCUGGCCAUUCCCGGAAAUGCAAGCACGGAUGCAGUCUGUGCACCCCAGUUCCUAACUCCAAGCACCGUCCCAAGGACAGUCCACAUAUCCCAGCCGGAGCCCACAGGAUCACAGCCGCCGGAGCCAGAGCUGGGGUCCAGCCAAACACCAAACACAUCCUCUGUGAUCUCCACCCCCAAAAGUGAACAGGUCACCGUAGGUGGCAUCUCUCUUCCAAUUGGUCUGAUCGUGGGGGUGACAGCUCUGGGUCUGAUGGUGUUAGGGUUUGUGAACUGCUUCAUCCUGGUGCAGAAGAAAAAGAAGCCCUCCUGCCUUCAAAGAGAAGCCAAGGUGCCUCACCUGCCUGACGAGCAGUCCCGGGGCGCGACAGGCCUUGAGCAGCAGCACCUGUUGGCCACAGCACCCAGUUCCAGCAGCAGCUCCCUGGAGAGCUCAGCCAGCGCUAGAGACAGGAGGGUGCCCCUUAUGGGCCACCCCCAAGCAACGGCCGCAGCGGGGGCCCAGGGGUCUCAGGAGGCCUGUGCAGGUUCCAGGAGUUCAGAUUCUUCCCAAGGCAGCCACGGGACCCAUGUCAACGUCACCUGUAUCGUGAACGUCUGUAGUGGCUCCGAGCACGGCUCACAGUGCUCUUCCCAAGCCAGCGCCACAGUGGGGGACCCAGAUGCCAACCCCUCAGCGUCCCCAAAGGACGAGCAGGUCCCCUUCUCCCAGGAGGAGUGUCCUUCUCAGUCCCAGAUGGAGACCCCAGAGACACUGCGGAGCCAGGAGAAGCCCUUGCCCCUUGGUGUGCCCGAUGUGGGCAUGAAGCCCAGCCCUCUAGGCUGGUAUGACCAGCUUGCAGUCUGACCCCGGCGGGGGUAACAAGCUGCAAGGAGACCCCCAGGCCUUCUAGACCCUCCACCCACUGGACUUCAUGACCCUCUCUGGGUCCAAUCCCCUUAGCGGCCUCGGCAGCCCUCCUUGCAGGUCAAGAGAGGGCUGGGGCAGCUAGGGUGGUCGAAACUCCUGCUGUUCUACGAGGCAGUCCCAGCAAGUCCUCGCCCUUCUGCGACCCUCCCGGGCUCUGGCCUCAUUCUGCCUUGUGGGAGGCCCAGUAUCUUUCCCUCCUAAGGAGCCAAUGUCCUCUUCCAUAUACUUGGAGAAAGGAUAAGCAGCUUUUUAGCCUGGUGCUGACACCGCAGGGCGGUCCCAGCAGGAAGGCGGAAAUGCUGGCCUUGUAGGACGAAAAGGCCCUUAAGGUUAGUGCUAGACUCUUGGGAAGUCUCCAGACCCACCAAUCCUUUUGAUUCAAGGGUCAGCUUCACAGAGGCCCGACUGGCCUUGCUCUCCUGCAGGGUGCUGGGGCUAUAACUCUGUGAUACAGUGUGCUCUCAGCCCUGGGUUUGAUCCCAGCCCCACAUACAAAAAGUAAGUACAUGAAGUAAACAGCACAGCCAGCCUCCUGUGUGAGUCACAUGCUCUGCUUUGACUUUUACUUCAGUGGACAAGCAGAGGGUCGCUGCUCUUCCUCCUGGCCUUCUAAUGAGCCUUUCCAAGGCCACAUGCGCCUUUCAGGGAAUCUCAGGGACUGUAGACCCCAGGCCCCUGCAGCCACCUGUCUCUUCCUACCUCAGCCUGGAGCACUCCUUCUAACUCCCCAGCGGCUUGGUACUGUACCCACGGUGACCCUGAGUGCAUGUCCCAGCCCACCUGGAAACAGCUGAAGCCAACUAUUUGCCAAAGGAUUCGUACCCUUUUUCUAACCAACCUGCUCCCCUAGCAUGCCCAGAUCUGGAAGGAGAGGAUUUAGGAGACUCCUUAAGAGGCAAGCUCAGUCCCAGGUGCUUGGGUUCCAUGUUCACAAAUUCCACUGGGUAUGAACUGGGUGCAGGAGCCCAGUUGUUACCAUGGAGACUUAAAAGCUCAACACUCUGACAUCAAGACUGGACGGGCUACUUAGGUCUGCAGCAUCAGACUGGAGAGGCGAUGUAACACGUCUGCCCCCUGGUGGCCAGUACUGGAAUGACCUCGGUCUUCCUAAGCAACAACAGCAUGAGUUCAAAGGACUAUUUCUGGGUGUGGCCUCAGCCCCCGAACAUUUGUGCAUCCCAACAGGGUCCACUCAGGAGCGCUACACUGUAUUGCUGGGCAGAGUUCCUGCUUAUAAAUGCUUUUGUUGUUGUUUUGCACACUGAUCCCUGGCUGUGUCUGGGGGCUGGUUUGGAAUUUUUCUGUAGUCCUCCAGGCCUACCUCUAAUGUGUGAGGAGAGAUGGGGUCAUGGUUAAUUGGGUCCAGGAGGCAUGUAGUGAAAGGCUCUGGAGCCACCCCACCCCCUCCCCCACCUUUCCAGCCGCCCUUGCUGAGAACCUGGCUGUCUCCCACUUGUAGCCUGUGGAUGCCGAGGGAGCUUCUGGCCAGCUGGUCUCUAGGUGUGCCCUCACACCUAAGUCUGGCCUUUGACUUUCGUUCUGGGAAGGAGGUGGGUUCUGCCAUCUGGGAAGCCCACACCAUGGGUCUGGCAAUGGCUGUAGCACAAGCCCAUCCCUGGGUGCUUAGACCAGCUUGGCUACGUGAGCAGAGGCAGUGGCUGGGGAACAGUUUGAGUGCUGACCUCUGACACAUUCCUGAGGGAUGAACGGUUUUCCAGAACCUCUCUCCUUUUCUUUGUAUGUGUGUGGAUGCAUGUUUGUAUAUAUCUGUGUGCCUCUGUGUGUAUGCAUGUUUGCAUGUGUGUGUGUGCCUGUGUGUGAGGCGGCAGCGGUUGGUUUUGGGUUUUUGAUCACUCUCUAUCUAACUACAGAGGCAGGACUCUCAUCUAUACCCAGACUUGUCUCUGCCUCUAGAGGGCUGGGAUUACAGGUGGGCGGCCUUGCCUGCCUGGCAUUUACAUGCAUACUAGAGGUCUGAAUUCUGAUCCUCAUGCUUGUGUACCAGGCACCUUACUCACUGAGACACCUCUCCAGGUGCUCCCCCUCCCCUUUGAUGACUUAAUUUUGGAUUGGCAAGAUGGCUCAGUGGGAAAAGGCGAUUGCUGACAAGCCGGAUGGCCGGAGUUGGAUCCCCAGGAUCAUGUAGCAGAAGAAGAGAAGUGACUCCAGCAAAUUGUCCUCUGACCCCCCCCACAUACAUGCUUCUGCACACCUGUGCAAGCACAUACACACACAGUAAAUGUAAUAAAAAAUUUAAAAUACA